UCUUUAUCUGUAGAGAAAUAUAUACCUUACGAGUCGUAUACCAGAAUUUCACAAAACCAGCCCCCUCAAGACAUUGCGAUUUGCACACACAAACUUCAAUGGUGAGCUACUGGAUUCAAUUGGUAACCUUAAGUCCUUGGUUGAAUUUAAUGAUGAGUAAUUGCAAUUUCUCAGGAGAAAUUCCAUCUUCACUAGGUAACCUCACCAAUCUAAUUGGAUUACGACUACAAUAUAAUAGUUUGCACGGAUCAAUUCCACAGUCAAUAUCUAGGCUUGUAAAUCUUGAAGUUCUGUCUCUCAAUGAUAACAAUUUGAGUGGUACGGUGGAGUUUGAGUUGUUUCUGAGACUCAGAAAGCUAUUUCAAUUGCAGUUAUCUAGAAACAAUAUUUCGUUGCUUACAAAUCCGAGUACCAACUCAACUUUUCCAAAAUUUAGGAUAUUAUGUCUAGAGCAUUGUGACUUGGGUGAGUUUCCAGAGUUUCUGAGAAACCAAGAUCAGUUGGAGAUAUUAGUGCUUGCUGGAAACAAAAUUCACGGUCAAGUUCCAAAAUGGAUGGGGAAUAAAAGUAUAGAAACUCUCAUGCAUUUAGAUUUGGAAAACAACUUUCUCACCGGUUUCAACCAACUUCCGGUUGUACUCCCCUAUGUUAAUCUAGAGCAUCUGCUGCUUAAUGAUAACCUACUUCAAGGGGUAGUGCCAAUCCCACCUCCUUCCAUUGCUUCCUAUUCAAUCUCAAACAACAGACUAACCGGGGAAAUUCCACAUUUGAUUUGCAAUCGAAGUUUAAUAACUAAGCUCGAUUUGUCAAGCAACAACUUGGGUGGCCUUGUUCCUCAAUGUUUAGGCAACUUGAGUGAUUCUCUCACAAUUUUGGAUCUACAGGACAAUAGCUUUCACGGAACCAUUCCUGAGACUUUCAGUAAGGGAAAACAAUUGAGAAUGAUUGAUUUUAGCCAAAAUCAAUUACAGGGACGUCUACCGAGAUCGUUGGCCAAUUGUACCAAGCUUGAGGCUGUUAAGCUUGGUAACAAUCAGAUCCAUGAUAUUUUUCCUUCCUGGUUGGGCAUUCUUCCAGAGUUGAGCAUUCUCAUUUUGAGAUCUAAUGAACUCUAUGGUACAAUAGAAAGUUCUGAUAGCAAUUUUGAUUUUCCAAAAUUGCACAUCAUUGACCUCUCGAAUAAUGAUCUUACUGGCAAGUUGCCCUCUAAACACUUCCAAAAUUGGAAAGCCAUGCAAAUUGUUGAUGACGAACAAUUAAAGUACAUGGAGGAACAAAAAACUGUAAGAGCAUUUCCAGGUGAAGGUGCUAUUGUAGAUAACUACGUUUUAUCAAUGACAAUGAUGAACAAAGGCAUGGAGAUGGUGUAUGGAAAAGUCUCAAAUUUGUUCAUAGCUAUUGAUCUCUCGAGAAAUAGAUUUGAAGGAGAAAUUCCAGAAGUGGUGGGGCAUCUAAAAGGAGUUAAUUUGCUUAACCUUUCCCACAACUUUCUCACAGGUCCUAUUCCAUUUACAUUGGCAAACUUGACAGUGCUAGAGUCAUUGGAUCUCUCUCAAAACAAGUUGUCUGGUGUGAUCCCUCUGCAAUUAAUGGAACUCACUUUCCUUUCACACUUUAAUGUCUCCCAGAAUCACUUGAAAGGACCUAUACCACACGAGAAACAAUUCAACACAUUCAACAACAGUUCAUUUAGUGAGAACCCUGAAUUAUGCGGAAGCCCUUUGUCAAAUAAAUGUGAGAAUCCUGAGAACUCAAUGCCUCCAUCUUCAAGCCACAACUCAACAAACCACAACUCAGAGUUCUCAUUUGAAUUUGGUUGGAAAGUAGUCGCGUUGGGAUACGGAUGUGGAUUCGUGUUUGGAGCUGUGUUUGGGCAAAUCAUGAUCACAAAGAAGUAUGAUUGGUUUAUGAAGGCGUUUGCAAUUCGGCAGCUAGGAAGGAGGGUGAAUUGGAGGCACUGCAGAAAUUAAGUAUAAUCCUACAUGCAUGUUUCCAUAAUAAAUAAAUAAUUACAUGCACAAUGUCUAUAGUACGUACUAUUAUUGUGGCUUUACUUUUUCUUUUUCUGUUUUUUUCUCUCUUUUAGAUGCUAUAGGAAAGAGCCAUGGAUAGGAUGUUUGUACUGAAAAGAAUAUGUUGUAUUUCUAACCAAGCUCUCAAUAAAACAAGUCUUGU